AUGGUGGGCGGGCCGGUGGUGAACAUAUACCCGUUAGAGAACUACUCGUUUGGCGUGAAGGAGCCCAAGAUCGAAAAGGACACGUCUGUCGCGGAUCGACUGGCGCGCAUGAAACACAACUAUCAGAAGGAGGGCAUGAGAACAAGCGUGGAGGGGAUCAUUCUAGUGCAUCACCACAACCACCCGCACAUCCUGCUGCUGCAGAUCGGAAACUCUUUCUUCAAGCUGCCCGGAGGGAGGUUGAAACCGGGGGAAGACGAGGUGGAGGGGCUGAAGCGCAAGCUCACCAGCAAGCUGGGUCCGUCCGUGUCCAUUCUGCCCGUGCCUGAAUGGCAGGUGGGAGAGUGCUCUGCAGUGUGGUGGCGACCCAACUUCGAGACCCUCAUGUAUCCUUACUGCCCUCCGCACAUCACCAAGCCCAAGGAAAUGAAGAAGCUGUUUGUGGUUCCUCUAACAGAGCGCCAGUACUUUGGAGUUCCCAAGAAUCUGAAGCUGCUGGCGGUGCCACUACUGGAGCUGUAUGACAAUGUGCAGCGCUACGGUCCAGUCAUCUCCGCCAUCCCGUUGCAACUCUCGAGAUUCACAUUCAACCUCAUUCACGACUCGUGA